AUUUAUUUACAGUGGCAUAGCGUCCAAGAUACGUGAAAUUUCGCGCCGUGUAACUCGUUGUUCGCGUACGACAUUUUCGCCUGUCGAAACAUUGAAAAGUAAAUAUUUCAUUGUUCCUGUUUCAAAAUGGCGAAUUGGUAUCAGUAAUAAGUCGGGCGUUGAGGCCACAACGGGUUUCUGGUGCGGGAUAGCGGCCCGGCGGCGGGCGACGGUACGGCGGCCCGCCCGGCUGUCCGUUAGCGCCGGCGGAGGUUGACGACCUAUCGAUUUUUUUGUCUGCGACCUCUCGGCGGGCGGGCCGUGUCUGGUGUCGGCGAGGGUGGCAGCAGGACCGCGGCCGCCAGCGCUGCAUCGCUCCGCGGCGGCAUCGCCCGCUGUUGCCGGCAUCAUGGCAGAAUAUCAUGGUCAAGGCAUGGAUGCAGGCGGGAAUAACUUUGACUCCGGUCAACAGCAGCAGGAGCAGGAGUUGGCGACGAAAAUGCUGCAGAUACAGUCCAAAAGGUUCUACCUGGACGUGAAACAGAAUAGACGCGGCCGGUUUAUAAAAGUUGCCGAGAUUGGCGCGGACGGCCGGCGCAGUCAAAUUUUCCUCGCGAUGUCGACGGCGGCCGAGUUCCGCGAUCACCUGUCACGCUUCAGCGACUACUACUCGUCGCUGGGCCCGCCCAACACGGACAACGUGCCCGAUGACGGCAAGCUCAAGUCCGAAAUGAUGCUUAAGGACAACAGGCGGUACUACCUGGACCUGAAGGAGAACUCGCGCGGGCGCUUCCUGCGCGUCUCGCAGACGAUCACGCGCGGCGGCCCGCGCAGCCAGAUCGCGCUGCCCGCGCAGGGCAUGAUCGAGUUCCGCGACGCGCUCACCGACCUGCUCGACGACUUCGGCACCGACGACGGCGGAUACAAGGGCGAGCUCCCCGAGGGCAGGCACCUGCGCGUCGACAACAAGAAUUUCUACUUCGACAUCGGGCAGAACAAUCGCGGCAUCUACAUGAAAGUCAGCGAGGUUGUACCAUCGUUGCAAGUGAAGAGUAACUUCCGCACGGCGAUAACGGUGCCGGAGAAGUGUUGGAGCCGCUUCCGCGACAUCAUGGCGGACUACUGUGAUAAGAUGAGCCGCGCGCAGCUUUCGCCGCAGGACACGCACCAGGGCGGCAGCGGCUCGGGCAGGGCGGGCAGCGCACAGCCCGGCCGUGAGAUGGACACAUUCGGCGGCAGCAGCGCUAGCCGGAUUUGAUGCGAGCACAUCGGCUACUUUCGGCUUUAAGCGCCCCACAAUGUACAUACAUCUGUACCCACUCCCUUAGUCGUAAGAUAAUGUGAUAAACAUUUGAGCUUUAUUACAUUUUUGUUUCACAUGAAUAAUUAUUAUUAUUAAUUGAUUACACUUCGGUUAACGCGUCGCGCGGCGUCGAACACCGCUACACGUGCGGAUGUUGCGUUUUAUCGCUAAUUUUUGGUGAAAUAACUAAACAGGGAACGGAAUAAAUAAAUUGAUUUUUCGCUUUUUUUUUUGCUGACUGUACUUUUGUUUAUGGAAUCGGUCAUAGAAAUUUACAAGAAAAUAGUGUUUAAAACUCGUGGCUCUGUUCAUUUGGGAUUCGUUAAUAUUGAAUAUUGUUAUUUUGAUACUUUAUUAAAAUUACUCGAAAAAUGUAAUUUCUAUUGAUGUUUAAUGAUAAAUGUCAAAUUUUAAAUUUCCACUCUCAGCGCUUCCUAUAAUCAUUGUAAUUCCAAAAAUUACGUAAAAUGCAAUAUCUAUGCACUAAUCGAAUAUAUGUAUAAUAUAUAUUUGGACAUAACUCGUUGCAAUGUAUAAAAGCUAUAUAAAACGAGAGAGUCGGUUUAUUUUGAAAAUAACAAAAAAAAAAGAAACGCAAUAAAUUUCCGUAUGAACGCAACGAGUUUGAUUGUGACCCGGUUUUAAAUCGGUUAAUAAUCAGAGUCGUGACGAAAUUUACGCCGCAUUUUAAAACUAAGCUUAUUUUAACGAUCGUUUAAAACGAUCCCCUUUAUGGAAUGAUAAUUCCGCUUAAGUCAAUUUUUAAGUUACGCCAGGCGAUGCUUGAGGGAAAAUUAACUGAGUAGGUGAAGAAAAAAAAAAAUUAUAAAAAUACUCCUGGCGUUAAAAAAGUUUCGGUAAAAAAUUAAAAAGCCACUUAUCUAGUUUUAGGUGUAUGUUUUAUUAUGGAUUAUUUAAUAUAUAAUGUCUGCAAAGACAUGUGUGGGGUGGGAAUGAUGUGUAUACUGCUUAAGUAUUUUUUCAAAGUUAUUAUUUGCAUUGCACUAAUUUAAAAGUAUAACCGGCGUCAAUAGAUAUGGAUUUGCAAUUUUCUAUAGGUGCGAGCAGGAUGGUAUAUGGCUGUAUAUCAAAGCGCAAGCGAGAUAGCAUGAUACGGAAAUUGAAUUCGAUUUUUAUUGGCGCGUUGAGUAUUUGUCACAUAGGUUAUUUCAACAGUAUAAUAUAUAUAUUUUUUAUUUAAUUACACCAAUAUUUUAGUUUAUGGCUUGCAAAUAUUUUUGGUAGGUUUCAAUAGUUUUGUAUACGCAUCAUUCCCGAGUGUGGAGGCACCGGGUGUUUACACGGCGAGUAUUACAUCAGCCGCUCUGCUGGUUCUCGUUCAGAAAAAAAAAAACAAUAAAAAUUACUUUACACAUUAAAAUUUCGAUCAGAAAUUAAGUAAUAAUAAAAAUUUCCAACAAAGUCUUUGUAUGUUUGAAACUACACAAUUUUUUCCAUAUUGAUAAAGUGUAUUGUAAGUUUAAUGAGGUUUUUAGAAAUAAUUAAAAUGCAAUUUUGUAUCAGAAAUUAAUAUGAAUUUAUAUGUAUUUGAAACGAUGAACAAGGGUCGGUAGAGCGGCGGCACUCGUAUUUAGGUAGGUGACGCAUAGCUGUGAUAAAGUACGAGUUAGUUGCUCCAUGAGAGAGUGUUUUAGGCACAAACGCGAUUGUUGGGCUUCUUGGGCCGCGUAGAAGUUGUAUUUUGAUACUAAACAUUGGUAUUUUUGAUUAGGAACCUUAUUUCGUUGGGGAUAGGGUCGAAAUUACUGUGUAGGUGGUAUUCGUUAGGGAUUUUUCCAAAUUUAAAACGGGUUUCAAUUGAUACGGUCGUCUAGAAAAGAACUAAAGAUGAUUUAUUUUUUCGUAAAACGUAAAAUGAAAGGAAAUUCAAAUUUUUUUUUUUACUUUAGUAUGUACGAUGGACGUGGGAUGAAAUCCGAAAAAAAAAGUUUGUUGAAUAAAAUUUGACGCAAAGAUGUUAUUGGCUGAAUAGAAUUCGUGUCUUUUUUUUAUAUAUUUAUUUUUGUCGUAUGUCCGCCUAUAGCGCAUUGUUGCAGUCGCGUUUGUGCAGAGGGUAGAUUAAGAUUGGUUUGUAAGCACCCUGUGUGACGCGUGAUCGCUUGUGAAUUGGUAAAAAAAAAUAUCUUGGCAAAUAAAAAAAAAAGUUUUUUUAUUUACAUAUCUCUGUGAUACAUUAACAUUACUAUAUGUCUCUACGAUUUUUCAUGAAGUAAAACAUUCGAUUGGUAUAAAAUUUAAUACAUAUGUACGUAUAUUCCGUUCCCCAUUAGCAAGAAGUGAUGAACAAACGGUCACGUGUCGAGUAUGAGCUGGUGUGUUUGUAUAUAUGUAUCUGUAUGUAUGUAUGCGCUGGACGCAAUAGCUUAAGAACGCAGAACACUAGGCGUCGGGCGUGCCUUUUAAUUUUCACUGGCAGCAAUAGAUAUCAUAGUUUAUCAUUUGAGCCGAAAGCCGCAUAGCGAAUGUUUCUUAUCCAAUAGCUCUUGCGACAUUAUCGCCACCGUCGACGUCGCGCCGUGCUACUUUAUUUUUCCACCCCCCUUUACAUUAAAUGAAAAAAAAAAUGAAAAAUACAGCAAAAAAAUUUAGGCUGUUAAGUGUUUUAUUGUCUACUCGUACGUUAAAUAAGUAGGUACGUAGUUGUCUACGGCUCGAGUCAUUUAAGUAAUCAAAGCUCGUUUUAUUGCGUUUUUUUUUGUAUUUUUAUCGCGUCACUAAGGCUAAAAGUAAUAUUUUUUUUUAACAUAGUGGUUUUUUUUUCACGUUUUCCCGCUUCGCUUUGUUUACGUACGUCAUGGCAUAUCCGAGUUGUGCAAAUGCGAUACUUAUUGCAAGCGUGAUAAAGUCUUUAAUCAUGUUACAUUGCUUCAUACGUUAUCACAGUUUUUGUUUUAUAUUUUAUUAAGCGUAUACUGCCAUCUGUUAAAAACUUCGGUAACUACUGGAAACAUAAACCGGUUUCGGCAACUACCCGCGGAAUAAAACUUGCGUUUAUGUACUGAGUAGUGAUUAGAUAUAAUAUUAUAUGUUAUAAUAGUUGUAUGGAAUCAUCGAAAGUUCUUCUUCGCGGUAUUAAAGUACAGGCUAAUUUGCGUUAUUUUUUAAGUUGAAUCUUGCAGCUAUGUUGAUAAGGUACAUUUCUGAAUGUCACGAUCAGUUUCAAAAUUGUUUGGUGAUCCGCACGUCGAUAUAUGAGGUUUUAUUGACUGUAUCGUAUUUUUAAAAUGUAUUUUAGUGGUUGGAGUUUGUGUGGGGCGUCUUUUUACUUCUGAGCAACGGUCGUUGAAAGACGCUCGAACAAAAUGCUUAUCUCUGUUGAACAAAUUGCGAAACGCAUUUCUUGUAUACAUACAGAUUGUUUUGUGUUGGACGAUAUGAUUAUAUUUUGAGUUUUAUUGCGACCUUAAUAUGGCUCAAACGACUUUAUAUUCAACAGUCUUGAUUACAGUCUAUGAAUAAAAAUACCUUACUGUGUAUGCCGUAAACAAGGAAUUGGUUUCGUAGUUUGUUUAAGGAGCUAUAUAUAUAAUCUAGACUAUUGCCCUAAUGGAUAGUAGAAAUAGACGACUUUUUAGAUUGCAUCCGGUUUCGAUACAGUCAAUACUCCGCGAACCACGAA